CGCAUCCUUCGCCAGAGCCGCCACCCAUCCCCUCGCCGCCGUCUCCUUCCCCGCUCCCGCCUGGCGUGCCGCCUUCUUCGCCGGAGCCGCCACCCAGCCCCUCACCGCCAUCUCCUUCCCCGCUCCCGCCUGGCGUGCCGCCUUCUUCACCAGAGCCGCCACCCAGCCCCUCACCGCCAUCUCCUUCCCCGCUCCUAUCCUGUGCACGCAGAGCCGCCACCCAGCCCCUCGCCGCCGUCUCCUUCCCCGCUCCCGCCUGGCGUGCCGCCUUCUUCACCAGAGCCGCCACCCAGCCCCUCGCCGCCAUCUCCUGCACCGCUCCCGC